AUGAAGAACAAGGUGAUUGUAACACCACUCGUAUUCAUCAUUAGUUCCAUAAUUUUUUUCAUAAAUUUUCAUCAUGGCUUGAAUACGGCCGUGAUGGUUCAAGCCUUUCAGCAUGAUCAGCAAGAUUUUGGAACAACAACGGCAGCAGCCAUGAUGAAUACGAGACCUAUCAUUGGAAUUUUAGCACAACCGACACUGUCGGGAAAGAUUUCUCGUUUUGGAAAAUAUUAUAUUGAUGCUGCCUAUGUAAAAUUUGUAGAGAGUUCAGGAGCUCGGGUGGUACCUAUUCGUUUUGAUUUACCCGUUCAUCAAUUACGAGAAUAUUUUGAGCAAAUCAAUGGAUUGUUACUGCCAGGUGGAGCCAUUGAUUUGGUCGAUAACUCGACACAUGAAUUUACUCCAUAUCUUGUUUCACAACAAUUAUUUGUGAAUUGGGCCAUUGAAGCGUUUCAUUCGAGACAAGAUUAUUUUCCAAUUUGGGGAACUUGUCUUGGCAUGCAAAGUUUAUCACUCAUUUUGGCCAAUGAUCCCUCUGUGAUGGAGAGUGGAUUUGAUUCUGAAAAUAUGGCAAUUCCAUUGGAUUUUACCAUGAAUAAUCAAGAAUUAUUAUACAACACACGAAUGUUUUCUUUGGAAUAUGCUCCACUAGGUGACAUGUUGAAUUUAAUUCAAACAUUGAGGACAAAAAAUGUGACAUUCAACGCACACAAGGAUGGAAUUCCAAUGGAUAACUGGCUUGGAAAUGAGCAAUUGAGAAAGCAUGUCAAAUUAUUGUCCACUAAUCUCGAUCGAAAUGGACGAAAAUAUGCCAGUCUUUUUGAGCAUGAAAGUUAUCCAAUCUAUGCUUCACAAUUUCAUCCAGAAAAGGCAAUUUUCGAAUGGAACACGGAAGAAGUGAUUAAUCAUUCGUAUGAAAGCGUGACCACGAACACGUUUUUUGGAAGAUUUUUUGUGAAUGAAUGUCGAAAGAAUUUUCACCGAUUUAAAUCGAGUCAAGCCGAAGAUGCUGCUCUCAUUUACCACUACACUCCAGUGUAUACGUAUGAACUCGUUCAAGAUUUUGAACAAUGUUAUUUUAUUUAA